CGGGUGUUGAUGAAGUUACUGAAACAAUAAGCCUAAGUAUGACGUUUAGUGAGUUCUGGAAAGACACUAGAGUGCAGGCACCUCCAGAAUAUCGCGAUGAUUGUCCUGACGUUCAACGCGUGAACAAUGACUCGGCCAGCUAUCGGCCAUCGCGAGCGAAGGAUAUGUUGUGGAUUCCCGACGUUUACAUCACGCGGAUCGAAAGCGUAUAUGAACCAGAAAUCCUGAUGAGAGCAGCAUCCUUUCGCAUGAGUAAUGUCGGAGAGGUUAAGUUCACGACGUUUGGCAUCUUCGCCAUAUCGUGCAUGAUGAACUUUGACAACUUCCCAAUGGACAUUCAGUACUGCCCCAUGUACAUGGAAAGCUGGCGUCUUGAGGACACUCAUCAAAAAGUGCUUUGGGAUCCGGAUGAGCCCAUUGUUUUACAGGAAAAGUACAAACUCGAUCAAUUCACUUUCAGCGUACGGAUGCUUAACGCAACCACCAUGCAAUAUAAUACAGGGAACUACUCGCGCGCCGGCGUGGUCUUCAUCUUUUCUCGCAAGCUGCAAUUCUAUGUGCUGCAAGUCUACUUACCUACGGUGCUGUUCGUCAUCAUCUCGUGGUUGACGUUCCUCAUUCCGCCGGCGUAUGCGCAAGGCCGCAUCAUCAUGACCAUCACCACUAUGCUGACGCUGGCUGCGCUCUUCAACAUGGUCGAGAUGCACUCGCCGUCGUCGUCCUACAUCAAGGCCAUUGACAUAUGGAUGGUCGUGUGCUACUCAUUUGUAUUCGUCGCCGUCGUCCACUGCCUGGUCGAUAUCCGGUUGCACUUUAUCGAUUCGCAGGCAUACAAGCACGAGGCGCUCGGCUUCCUGGCGCCCGUGUCGGUGGCGCUGGUCGAGAACCGCCAGGUGUUCGACGACCUGUUCGGCGCGCCCGACGACGAGCCCGAAGCCGCGCCGUCCGACUAUUUCGACGCACCAAGUCGGGCCUACCUGCCGGAGCACCGGCCGAUUCUACGCACCACCCAGCCCACCGGGCGCCGCCGGGCAACGGUCAGCUUCUCCGUUGACUCGCAGACCGACGACAUGGCCGCCGCCGCCGCCGCCGCCGCCGCCUCCUCGUCCUCCUCCACGCCGCUCGGGCGCGACCAAGGGGACGAGCGCGACAAGCGCUGGGGUCACGUGGCCGUUGUCUUCGAGAAGACGUCGCUGAUCGUGUACCCAGCCGCCUUCGUGCUGUUCAACAUCUGCUACUGGGCCUACUACCUGAACGCGGCGCGGCCGCCGCAUCUCCUGGCGGCCGAAAUGGCGGCCGGCUUCACACCGCGGCCGAGUGUCGGUCGUCUCACGACGCACGGCAACCACUGAGCUCCGCGCGCCGCGGGCGCGCUCGAGCUUAGCUCGCACACUGCUGUAGCGGCGAGCGCGUGCUGAGCUCACACGCUGUGCUGUAGCGGCGGGCGCAUGCUGAGCUCACACGCUGAGCUGCAACGGCGGGCGCGUGCUGAGCUCACACGCUAUGCUGCAGCGGCGGGCGCGUGCUGAGCUCACAUGUAGAGCUGUAGCGGCGGGCGUGAGCUGGGCUCACACGCUAUGCUGUAGCGGCGGGCGUGAGCUGAGAUCACACGCUGAGCUGUAGCGGCGAGCGCGGCAGUAACCCGCCCACCGCACCAACUCGGGGCUGUGCUCUGUGCUCGGCAGUCGUCCGGCUACCCGGCCCAACGAGUCCGGCACCACAAGAGGGAUUCAGGGUCCAUUCCAUAGAUCGGAGAGGUUCAGGGGCUUUCCUCACUAUCGUCGGUUGUUUGCAAAACUAGCGUUUCGUAUCACGUGACAGGUAAAAUAUAACCACACAGCUAUGACCAGUCGCCCAAGUUGCAUUAAUCAGACCCAGAAAUACAAAACGACGCAACGGAGCCAC